AAUAGGAGUGUGUAGAUAUUACAACGAAGAAAUUCUUCAAUGAAUCUACGGUUGACAUUUUCAGUUAUGGUUAAUCAGAUGACACUAGAUAGAAGAUUACAGAUGAUAACCCAUUUGGACCACAGGAUGGCGGAUAUUAUGAAUGUUUUAGCAUUCGUGUUUAUUGUUUCUUUGGUGCAAUGCAGUACCGAAAGCUGCCGUUCCUAUGAUAAGUGGUUAUCAAGCGUGUAUCCACUAAACGAUGUUUAUUACAUCACUUGCCAAACUGGAUGUUGUCAUGACAUUAGACACCCAGGCUAUUAUAAAUGCUGUGAUACAAAUAGUUUGAAGAAGUUCACGAACACGGCUGGAAGCGUCCUUACGAUCGGACCUAUUAUCGGAAUUGUGGUUGGCGCUGUGACUCUUGUCGCCUGCAUUGUCAGCGUUAUCGUCUGCUGUGUCUGCUGUAUGACGCGGUCACGUGUUACACAUGGACGUACCGUCACCACGGCGGCGGACGGCCCUUACGUUAUAAGCACGAGCCAAACGUCCCAGGGAAUCCCAAUGCAACAGACAUUCUAUGGUCAGCAGCAAGGUCAAGCACAGCCACCCCUUCCGCCGGGAUAUGUGGGCCCCGGCACCGCCUUUCCGAACAACCAAGGCAUGCAGGAACCACCACCAUAUGGAAAGAGUCGCGUGUAUUAGAACAUCUUAUGAUGGCCUAAUUAUGUCCGUUUUUUUCAAGUAUUUUUCCUGUGGGACGUCAGUGCAAAAAGCAUAUAAAAAUACGAUUGAUUGCAUACCAAAUUUCAUAAAUAGAUUUUCAUUCGUAAAUUUUAUACCCAUGAACACAAAAUAAUAUCAUCCAUAUCCGACACUGCAAUUGGCAUUUAUAAAUAAACACUCUUGGCAACAAUGAUUACACUUUAGAUUUCUAAAGUCUUUCCUAAUAUUUUGAUGGUCAAGUUUUUAAAAGAAAUAGAAGUGUUUUAAACUUAGUGAGAUACUUUACUUAAGCAAAUGAGUUAAGUAAUGCAAUGACCUGAGAUGACCUUUUAUGAAAACAAGCCCUGGCUUAUUUGAAAUAGUAUGUGGACAUCCUUAUACAAAUUACUUGUUUCAAGUGUUCCUGCCGAGACAUGAAAGUACCGAAUUACUGUAUAUCCCUUGAAUUGGCAACACAGUUUUGUUCUAAUAUCGAGUCAUUACAUAUAUUUGUUAACAGACUAUACCGAUUUAUUGAUUAUUCUUUAGCUGAGCAACUAGGUGUUGAUUAAUAAUGUUUGCUUGUUUAAAACUUUGUUAGUUAAAAUCGUGUUUAAUUAAGUACAUUUUGAAACGUGAACUAUUUGAUAGUGUGCUAAUAUAUGUCAAUAAGCAAGUACAGCUGAAACAGUUGUCUCAAAUAUUACUAGAAAUACAGCAGGUCCAGAGGUUUAUCCAUGAAACUUUUAGACCAUUAAGGUUUAGAAAGUUAACAACGAUGACGUUAACGACGUUGUUAACUUUAUCCAAGGUCUGAACAACUGGCUCAUAUAGUCAUUAUUACGAACGAUUUCAACUAACUAUACCUUUCCAAUGCCAAACAAGCUGUUUAUAAUGGCCUUAGUGAAAUGUAAGAGUAUGGAAUCUAUGAAUAGCAUAAUAUUAUAUAUCCAAGUUUUUUGGUCUUUAAUUUAACAUUCAUUUAUGUUUCUUAAAUGUUUUCUUUGUGUAUGCUGAUAAGAGUUUGCUUGUGUUGCUACUUAUAUAGUGCUUGUUUUAUUUACUGGUGAAUAAAAGUAUAAUACAA